AGUACCGAGAGGAACCAUGCCUGAACCAGCCAAGUCCGCCCCGAAGAAGGGCUCCAAGAAAGCCGUGACCAAGGCCGCCGGCAAGGGCGGGAAGAAGAGGAGAAAGAGCAGGAAGGAGAGCUACGCCAUCUACGUGUACAAGGUGCUGAAGCAGGUGCACCCCGACACCGGCAUCUCCUCCAAGGCCAUGGGCAUCAUGAACUCGUUUGUGAGCGACAUCUUUGAGCGCAUCGCCGGCGAGGCGUCCCGUCUGGCUCACUACAACAAGCGCUCCACCAUCACUUCUCGCGAGAUCCAGACCGCCGUGAGGCUGCUGCUGCCCGGGGAGCUGGCCAAGCACGCCGUGUCCGAGGGCACCAAGGCCGUCACCAAGUACACCAGCUCAAAGUAAACCGGCCCGCCGAGACCAAAACAACACAACGGCUCUUUUAAGAGCCACACACUCCUUCUACUAAGAGCUCACGUUUCACUUUAUCAAAGGGAUUGUUCGACCUUUUUGUUAUUUAUUAUCUAAACUCUAUUUAAUGUCAACAUAAUAUCACAAUCACAUGGAAAUGUCUAAUAAGUAGGCUACAAAUUACAUUUUUAAUAUCAAUCUUAAUGAAUUUCUACGUAAUAUCAAAGUCUACUUUAUAGUAUAUUAGAGAUCUUGGACCCUGUGCAGUUACUUUACUGAUUUUAGACAUUUAUGUCAAACUCAUUGCAAGAAGCUCAACAUGGGAAUGAUGGAGAAAUGGGUUCUUUGCCAAUUAAGCAUUUCAGCAUUAAGAGAAUGUGCUGAUCAUCACGUUUCUUUCUUUCUCCAAAUCACAUGUCAUGUGAUUUGAGAUGGACAGAUUGAAACCAUGCUUAUGCUUCCAAUAUAUAUUUGGGACUGACUAAAUAAAACGUUAUGCAGCUAGUUUUCACAUUAAGUCACCGGCCAGAUGUUCAAACAUACUCCCUCCAAAGUAAAAGAACAAACAAGGAAACAAGGUAAAGAUGCAAUGGUGAAAAUAGAGUGCAACUCAUAGAAAAACAUCGAUUAAAAAUGCAUUGCAGAAAGAAGAGAAGAACUGAAUCCUAAUGUAAAGAUUUGAUUAGAAGGAUACAUAUUGAGUCAUUUGAAAUUAAUGUAUCUACUUGGAGAAAACUUUAUUGAAUCGUUGCUGUUACAGCAUGUUCAGAAGCUCUGGAGUAAAUGUAAAUAUGGUGCAGCAUUCAGUAGAAUACAUAGUAAUGUAGACAUGAAUUCUGAAAGUAUUUUAUUGUGGUGUAGGCCCAGAGUCUUCUGUGGAUGUACAUGUUUUUAUUUCAUGGUGUUUUUUUUUUAUUUGAGCUGAAAUAACAGAUAUAUUACCUCAUCAGGUGGGAAUUGAGAUGAUGUGUUUAUAGUGGACAUCCCUGUCAAGUAUUCUACUCCAAGAUGUUACUUUUUUUGGUAUUUCACCCUUUAAUUUAAUGUUGAUGUCACGUUUCUUACUUUCAACUCCAGUCCAAACUUCCUCUGUCUUAUCAUGAUUUAAUUUGGCACCGGAAGCUAGCUCAUAUAAGUUCAGGUGGUUCGUUAAAACAUCCAUCUCCAUCUGGUUUUUAAUAACAACUGUGACAUCGUCUGCGUAGGCCAUGGCAGUAACUUUGGGAGCGAGGCCAACGCGUGUACCAGAUAUAAGACUAUCUGAGUUUAUAGUUUUAAUAAGGGGGCUGAUGGCCAGGAUGUAUAUAGAGCAGCACUCAGAGGACAGCCCUGUUUCACCCCUCUCUCUACAUUAAAGGGCUCUGUUAAAACACCAUUUACAUUUAUACACACACUAGACUUAACAUACAGACAUCUGAUCAAAUGGAUGAAACUUUCUGGGAAGCCAUAAGACUUCAUUACAGCCCAUAAAUACUCUGGAAAUAUAAUCAAAGGCUUGUUUUUGGUCCAGCCUGAUUAUAUAGAAGUCUUUUUUAUCAGGUUUAUUUAUCAUUUCUCUCAGUGUGCAGAGAUUGUCCCACAUUAGACGGCCUUUUAUGGCACACGUUUUUUCUUUUUCUGUAAUUUCAUCUAAUAUAUCAUUUAAUCUAUUCAUACUUACUUUGGCUGAUAUUUUAUAAUCAGUAUUCAUUAUGGUCAGAUGUCUGUAGUUAUCAAUGUUGUUUUCUUCACCUUUCUUAUACAAUAAACACAUUACACCCAUACA